AUGCUUGAAAUGUCAGAAAGCCAUCAUUGGUCACCAUAUUCACACUCUUCUAGUGUUAUUAGUACAGUACUGUCUUCUCUGAAUAACGAUGGCUUUGAUGUGAAAGCCUUGCGAGCGUUCAGAGUGCUGAGGCCUUUACGACUGGUGUCCAGAGCACCAAGUUUACAAGUAGUUUUGAACUCAAUUCUUCGAGCAAUGGUGCCUUUGCUACACAUAGCAUUACUCGUUAUAUUUGUCAUUAUCAUCUUCGCUAUCAUUGGCUUAGAGCUGUUCUCAGGGAAAAUGCAUGAGACUUGUUUCAGUCUUGACAGUGGUAAAAUAGCGUCAUCGAAACCACAUCCUUGUGGUACAGGCUUUGUUUGUUCAAAUGGAACAGAGGAAUGCAGAAAAUACUGGAUAGGUCCAAAUGACGGGAUUACUAACUUUGACAACUUUGGCUUGGCCAUGCUCACAGUGUUCCAGUGUAUCACGAUGGAGGGAUGGACUGGAGUUCUUUAUAACAUCAAUGAUGCUGUGGGUAAUAGCUGGCCUUGGAUCUAUUUCAUCAGCUUGAUCAUCAUUGGGUCAUUCUUUGUCCUCAACCUUGUACUUGAAAAACAGCAAAUUUUCAAAAAUAAAGAAGAAAUUGACCUCAGAGGCUACUUAGACUGGAUCACACAAGCCGAGGAUAUAGACCCAGAAAAUGAAGAGGGUGAAGAAGAAGGUGCCACCCCUAAACACAAUAAGCCAAGUGAUACAGAAUCAUCUGAAAAAAAUGAAGACCAAGAAAGCGGAGAAACGCAGUUAACUUGGUGGCAAUUAAAAAGCCGAAGAUUACGAAAAUGGAACCGUCGAUGUCGGAGCUUUGUUGUGAUCUGCAGCAUUGUUGAAGUAAUCUUAAUCCAUACAAAUGUGAUCAAACCUCUGGGAGUCAGCGUGCUCAGGUGUGCACGUCUGCUAAGAGUUUUCAAAGCAACACGAUACUGGACAUCUUUGAGAAAUUUGGUAGCCUCUCUAUUGAACAGUAUGCGUUCUAUUGCAAGUCUGCUGCUGCUCUUGUUUCUGUUUAUUGUGAUAUUUGCCCUUUUGGGGAUGCAACUUUUUGGUGGUAAAUUUAAUUUUGAUGAGACACAAGCGAAGCCUCGCAGCAACUUUGACACUUUCUGGCAAUCACUACUCACUGUGUUUCAGAUCCUGACUGGUGAGGACUGGAAUGAAGUGAUGUACAAUGGUAUCAAAGCAUAUGGGGGUGUUCGCAAUGUUGGAUUUCUUGUCUGCCUAUAUUUUGUUAUACUAUUCAUUUGUGGUAAUUAUAUCCUCCUGAAUGUCUUCUUGGCUAUUGCUGUGGACAACUUGGCUGAUGCUCAGUCUCUCACGGAAAUUGAGCAGGAAAAAGAAGAAGAAAAAGCACGAAGUCAGUCAAUCCGAAGAUCCAAAAGUAAAUCCCCUGGCCAAGAAGACAAAGAAGGUGAAGUAAAGGCAAUCGAGGAAGAUGAAGGAGUAGGACUGAACAGUAAUGGCGAAGGAGAAAGUUCACGAAACAGAGACAGUGCAGAUGACCCACAUGUCAGAAUUGACUUAAACAGUGAUGAAGUUAGUGGAGAAUAUAGAGAGAAUAAGCAGGUUCCAAGUCAUGAAGAAGAAGAAGUAGCUGAAGAUCAAGGAACUGAAGAUGAAGCAGUUGAAGGAGAGGAAGAUGAAUCUCAGACGGUUUCUACAGCACGUCCGAGGAGAAUGUCAGAAGUCAAAAUGCCUGACAAGUUCAAACCUAUACCAAAAGCCAGUGCUUUGUUUAUUUUUUCACAUGACAAUAGAUUCCGUGUGUUUUGUCAUUUUAUCUGCAAUCAUAAUUAUUUUGGAAAUUUUAUAUUGGCCUGCAUUCUCAUAAGCAGUGCCAUGUUAGCUGCUGAAGAUCCUCUUGACCAAUCUGCUGAAAGAAGUAAAAUUUUGAAUUAUUUUGAUUAUAUUUUCACCAGUGUGUUCACAAUAGAGAUUAUCAUCAAGCUUAUUAGUUAUGGAUUGGUCCUCCACAAGGGAUCAUUCUGUCGAAGUUAUUUCAACUUACUGGAUCUGCUUGUCGUAGGAGUAUCUCUAAUUUCCAUCAACAAUGAAGCCAUAUCAGUCGUAAAAAUUUUGAGGGUCCUCCGUGUGUUGAGACCAUUGCGUGCUAUCAACCGAGCAAAAGGAUUGAAGCAUGUUGUACAGUGCGUGAUUGUAGCCGUCCGCACGAUUGGUAACAUUAUGUUAGUCACACUGUUGCUGCAAUUUAUGUUUGCAGUCAUAGGAGUACAACUAUUUAAGGGAACAUUCCACAAAUGUUCAGAUAAUUCAAAAAGAACCAUGGAAGAAUGCCAGGGUCAUUUUAUAGUCUAUAAAAAUGGCGAUAUAAAUUACCCUGAGAUUCAGACGCGAGAGUGGACAAAUAAUAAUUUCAACUUCGAUGAUGUCAGCAUGGCAAUGUUAACAUUAUUUACAGUAUCCACAUUUGAAGGGUGGCCCCAUCAAUCCAGAAGCCUAUCAAUACAUAUAAAAUGUUCUGCAGUUGAGAGAAUUCAUUGCCUUUCCACUCUACCUUGUUACAUUGCUCUCUUGGCCAUUGUUCAUUUUCUUGAUUUCUUCUUUGUUCCUUUUUCCUUUCUUCCUUUAUUUCAUAUUUCCUUCUUUGUACCUUAUUUACUUUUUUCUAUCUUUCUUGUUUCCUUUAUUGUUCCUUUUUUCUUUCUAGUUUCUUUUGUUGUUUCUUCUUUUUUCUUUCUUGUUUCUUUUGUUGUUUCUUCUUUUUUCUUUCUUGUUUCUUUUGUUGUUUCUUCUUUUUUCUUUCUUGUUUCUUUUGUUGUUUCUUCUUUUUUCUUUCUUGUUUCUUUUGUUGUUUCUUCUUUUUUCUUUCUUGUUUCUUUUGUUGUUUCUUCUUUUUUCUUUCUUGUUUCUUUUGUUGUUUCUUCUUUUUUCUUUGUUUCAUUUGUUGUUUCUUCUUUUUUCUUUCUUGUUUCCUUUUUUGUUUCUUCUUUUUCUUGUUUCCUUUUUUUGUUUCUUUUUUCUUUCUUUCUUUAUUCAUUCUGCCUUUCUUCUUAUAAGCUUAUGGCAUUAUGA